UGACUAAGAUUGUAUUUUUAGUACAGAGACUGAGUCUCUCAAUCAAUUUCUGAGUACAGAGCAGAAGUAUCUGUUUUUGGAUAUGGAUCUUUUUUGUGGAACUAUUGGCAGUUACCUGCCCUAUGUCCUCCCAGCACUGGGAGGCUAUGUCCUAACCUCCCUUUUCCUGCUGAAGAACCCUCACAUCUUGCAUAAGAAGAAACACCCAGCUUUCUACUGCACCCACAUCUCUCAUAGAGGGGGUGCAGGAGAGAGAAUAGAAAAUACAAUGGAAGCAUUUACACAUGCAGUGAAGGAAGGGACAGGUAUGCUGGAGCUGGACUGUUACUUGACCCGCGAUGGGCAUGUGAUUGUGUCGCAUGAUGACAACCUGCUUAGACAGACUGGACUUAAUGUUGAAAUUUCAUCUUUGAAUUUGAAGGACAUGCCUCUCUAUAAAGAAAGACUUGAGGUGACUUUUUAUGCCGGCCGCUAUAGCACAGGUGUGGACAGGAGGUUUACUCUACUAGAAGACGUCUUCAAGAAAUUCCCCAAAAUGCCUGUAAACAUUGAGAUAAAAAAGGAUGACCCCUUGCUGAUAAGAAAGGUAUCGUCCCUUGUAAAACAGUAUGAUAGAGAAGACAUUACUGUGUGGGCCAGUGAAAAAACACACAUCAUGAAGAAAUGUCAAAAAGAGAACCCAUCCAUGCCUUACAUGUUCACACUGAGUAGAGGGAUGCAGCUGCUGCUGCUCUACUACACUGGCCUGCUGCCCUUUGUGCCCCUGAGAGAAAGUUUCCUGCAGUUCUACCUGCCCCAACUCUUCAACAGGACAUAUAUUCCUGAAUCACGAAUUCUGAAGAAUCGACUGGUCAUCUGUCUGAUUGAAAAACUGACAAUGAAGAAGAGUCUGUUUAAACACUUAACAGAACGGGGUAUUCAGGUGCACCUCUUUGUUUGCAAUACGGAAAGGGAUAUGGAGGCAGCAUUUGCAGUUGGUGCUACGGGAGUGAUGACUGACUACCCCAGCGUGUUGUCAAACUACCUUCGCAAUCACCCACCUAUUGCUCCCCCUUUUCCAGCAAAAGAAACAGCCGUGCACUAG